UGGAGAUUGAAGUGUAAUUGGAGGAAUGGAGGAAUGUUUGCUUUUUACGGUUGGACGCUCGUUCGGUGUAUGUCAAGGAUGAGAAUGACAAGGCUUGGAUGGCGUGCAAACGGCGUCCGCACAGAGUCGUGUGUGCGAUCAUCGUGCAGUCGGCCUUCCUCUCCCUUGUCUUUGAUGUCCAGCUGUUGACUGUCUCCGUGACCUUGUUCUUUCUUACACUUUCACUUCACUUACCCUUACUUUGAGCAAGCUCCAAUCGACAUCCUGCAUCACAACGUCGACCGAGUGCAAGGAUCAAUUGCGGCGUCAAGGCACCGCUUUUCACCGAGCAAGAGACCCAUUCUGGAGGGAAAAAAAAGCGCAUCAUGCCUACACUCGUGUGGUUGCGCGCGGCGGCCGUCGUUGCUCUUGCGACACAUGCUACUGCCCAGCAAUGCUACUACCCCAAUGGCGAUAGAGCGCCAGACACAGAUAAGCCCUGCUCAACAGCAGAAGGUUCUGCCUGCUGUCCGGACAAGUGGGAGUGUCUCGACAAUGGUCUUUGUCACUAUCCUGCCGAAGACCUGUACGGCCGAUACAGCUGUACAGACAAGACCUGGAAGUCGGAAGGAUGUGCUUCGAACAUGUGCACAUAUGGUAUGACAGUCGCUGGCGCCGAGUCGAUAACACAGUGCGCCGAUCACGACGACCAGUGGUGCUGCAACGCAGACAACACACACGUAAAAUGCUGCCAGGAGUCACCGUCACCACGCCCUUUCUUCGCGCUACAAAACGGAAAUGCAUACGCGACAAUUGGCUCCAAUCAAGCGUCGACUAACCCCAACAUCGCCACCAUUACUGGCCUGGCGACGAGUGGCGGAUCAUCAGGAGGUGGAAAUUCAGCAUCGCAGACGUCGGCGCAACGGUCUUCGGCCGCUCCUUCCACUACGGACGAUUCGGAUUCGAAAACUGCAACGCCAGACUCGGUCACGACUACGCCUUUUAGCUCCGUUGCGACGAGCCUUUCCACAGGCAGCGCGGGAGUAGUCACCAUUGAAAACACGGUCCUCGUCACCCCAGCAGCGACCGCCGGCUCCAGCAACGGCAAUGCCGGUGGCGGCGGAAAUGGAGACUCUGACGGCAGACCAAGCUCGAACCUAGGUCUUAUCAUCGGUUGCGCAGUCGGUAUUCCCCUCGCACUCGCUCUAAUCGGUAUCAUCUUCUGGCUCCUCCGCAAGCGCCGCCAACAAGCUGCCAACCCCUACAAGGAAGCUUCUGAAGUCGAAGGUGAUAGCCCGCUCGUCGGCGGCGCAGCGGCAGCAAAACUUCACAAGAAAGAGACAUACCGAAGCUCUCGACCCGCUACUGCAGAGAUUGAUGGCAACCCUGUUGGAGCCGGACGGCCAAGUCGCGUCUCUGAACUUCCUUCUGGCAAUGGUUUCCAGCCAGGCCAAGGUGCCCCGUACGGACCUGAUGCGGUUGGGAUUGGUGGUGGCAAUGGGGUUAGGAGUACAUGGGACAGCCAACUACCUCAGUACUCGCCUGCACAAGCAGCCUUCAGCCACCCCGAUGCUGCGGAGCUGCCUGAUAACAGUGUACAUCCUGUUCUCAAUGAGAAGGGGCAGCCGUAUCAAGCGUAUAGGCCACCGCAACCCGUGGCUGAGCUGCCGUCUGUUGUGACGCCGCCUGAGGAUCUGGAGAAGCAGAUGCCGAGGCGGUAGGGAGAUGAAGGUUUUGACUUUUCUAGGCAGGUGUUUUUUUUCUUUGGAGGGGCAUCAAACAUAUACAUGAUAUGGUUAUUAUAGGCUUUUUCUUUCUUUCUUUUUUCAAGGCAUAAGGAAGAUACCAUGUACAAGAGUUUUGUGUA